GCUCAGUCAGGGGACAGACAUGGAGUGGAAUGGAAUGAAACUUGGACAUUGCUUUCCUCACAGUAAUGCAUCUUGUCUUAAACUGAUUUAUGAAACUGACAUUUAUGGACUUUAUUACGCUUUCUUGUGUAUUUUGCUUUUCUCGACAGUCUUUGGAAAUCUUCUUGUCAUCAUUUCUAUUUCUCAUUUUGUUCAGCUGCACACGCCGACUAAUCUUCUGAUCCUUUCACUUGCAGUGGCCGAUUUCUUAGCAGGUUUCUUUGUGAUGCCCUUUUCUUUGUUUCUCCUUAUAGAACUUUGCUGGUACUUUGGAGUUAUUUAUUGUUAUUUGUAUCAGGCACUUGCAAAUUUUCUUAGUUUAGCAGUUGUAUAUAAUGUGGUUUUAAUAUCCAUUGAUCGCUACAUUGCUGUCUGCCAUCCUUUCUCUUACAGCUCAAAAAUAACUUUAACUGUCGCAAAGGUCAGCAUUGCUGUAGUGUGGCUGUUUGCACUUUUCAUUACACUCGUAUUUUUAUGUUUUAGUGUUAUUGUAACAGAGCGUUGUGACGGAGCUUGUGCAGUAUUCACUUAUUAUGAAAUGAACAUUUUUUUUUUACUCAUUCUUUUUUUUAUUCCUUAUUCACUAAUGAUUGGUUUUUAUAUCAGAAUAUUUGUAGUUGCAAGAAGCCAUUCAAGAGCCAUCAACUGUAUGAUAGAAAAGAGGCAAACUGAGGAGGUGAGUGACAGUAAAAUAUCAAAACCGUCUGAAAGAAAAGCCGCAAAAACAUUAGGAGUAGUCGUGGGGGCUUUUAUUAUCUGCUGGCUGCCUGGUAAUAUAUACAAUCCAUUUGUUGAUUUUAGUAACCCAAUCACAUAUGUCAUCAGGAAUGUCUUUGUGUUGGUCAGUGAAGUGAACUUUGGAGUUAAUCCAAUUCUUUAUGCUUUCCUGUAUUCCUGGUUUCGAAAAGCACUUAAAAUCAUCCUGACAUUUAAGAUAUUUAGCUCAGGUUCUUCAGUGCUCCAUUUAUUGUAA